UGACUGGCAGUACUUGUUUACUGGUGGAUAGACACAGAAAGAGACGAAAAGGGGGGAAUCUGAGAGAGGUACCGUUUACGGGGAUCGAAGUUUUUCCACUCUUCGAAGCAAUGUGCUGGUAGCGGCGGCUAUUAUUUGUUUAAUGGCAAAAAGUAACGUUCGCUGUAUCACGUUUAUUGUUUAUGGGUGUUUUCAUUUUGUCGUGGCGUGACUGUAGCGACUGAAGCAGUUCAGAGGAAGGUCGUUGAAACAGCUAUCCACGUUUUUUGCCCUGCAUGAAUCCAAAGGAGUUCCUGGGAUGUGUUCAUGUUUUUCUUCGUACGUCUUAAAAGGUGUUCUUGCUGUGAUACUGCGAAGAAGUGGAAUACUUGGAGGUGUAUGAACCACUCAAUCAGCGACCUGUGGAUUACAGCAAGCUAGCCAACUCUAUCCAAUUACUAUAGCUAGCUAAUGUUAGCUAGCUAGGUUAUUGGGUUAAUAGAAAUUCGGCUAAAUAACUGGGGUUUUGGAAAGAAGAGGACACAUAUUUCGACAUUACUAAGCAUUUAUUUUUUAAAUAAUUGCUUUUUUAUGUGAAAAUACGUUCUCUGAGUGUUUUACCAGAAGCACGAUCGCCCAUUGCUAAUUCCAUGUAUUUUCAACAUUGGAACCUCGUUUAUCGUGGAAUGAGCCCGUAGCUAGUAUCCCGACUGGUACCUCUUUACUAGUCUAGCUAGCAGUGUGGGAUUUAUUUUUCUCGAAUCGGAAGACUUUUAUAGAACAGAUGAAAGUGACCUAUCUGUUAUAAUUGUGGAAAAUGAAGCUUUUUAUUCGCAAAUGUGUCGCCAGAAUCCAAGAUCACGUUAUUUAGUGGUCAUUUGUUUCAGGGAUAAUCCAAAAUCACCAAAAUUAGCUGAGAAGAUAUCAAGAUAACGUUACAACCACAUUGGACCCCCCCGGCCCCUUUUUAGGGGGGCUAACUGGACUAAUUCUCGUCUCUCUUUUUGAAUAUUUGUUUGUGUUUAUCAUUUCAUAGAAACACAUUUUUUUAAACAAACUUUGGAUAUAUGCAAAACAACCCCCACAUUUUUUGGAUGCACUAAAAAUAAGAGAACACAAUCGAAGUCACAAUGCGGCUUGGUACCUCAGCGGCUGGUUUGGUUACUUUUAUCUACAUGGUAUGUCAUGGUGGGCUAACACAUGGAGAAAUCUGUCAGAGUAAGGACAUCCGUAACAACAUGACCAACCUGCAGUUGUUAGAGAACUGCACAGUGAUCGAGGGCCACUUGAAGAUCCUCCUCAUGUUCAAGACUGAGGACUUCAGGGGCCUCAGCUACCCCAAGCUGACCGUGGUCACCGACUACCUCCUCCUGUUCAGGGUGUACGGUCUGGAGUCCCUCAGCGACCUGUUCCCCAACCUGACGGUGAUCCGAGGCAACAACCUCUUCUUCAACUAUGCCCUGGUUCUGUUUGAGAUGGUGCACCUGAAGGAGCUGGGGCUCCACAGCCUCAUGAACAUCACUAGAGGAGCCGUGAGGUUGGAGAAGAACCCGGACCUCUGCUACCUCUCUACCCUGGACUGGUCCAAGAUUCUGGACACGGUGGAGGACAACUACAUCGUGUCCAAUAAGAACAGCCAGGAGUGUGGGGACGUGUGUCCGGGCACGGCCCAGGGGAAGACAACCUGCCCACAGACCACCAUCAACGGACAAUUUGGAGAGCGCUGCUGGACUCAGAACCACUGCCAGAGAAUGUGUCCCUCCACCUGUAAACAUCGGGCCUGUACCCAACAUGGCCACUGCUGCCACGACCAGUGCCUGGGAGGCUGCUCGGAGGCAGGCAACGCCAGCCGCUGUGUGGCAUGCCAGAACCUCCAGCACCAGGACACCUGUGUGGACCGCUGUCCCCAGGGAUACUACACCUUCAAGGGCUGGCGCUGCGUCUCUCUCUCCUUCUGUCAGGACCUCCACAACCAGUGCAAGAACGGGAAGGGCAACGACUGCCACGAAUACGUCAUCCACAACGGAGCCUGCAUUCCAGAAUGCCCCUCAGGAUAUACCACCAUCAACUCUACUAGGUUGAACUGUACUCCGUGCGCCGGCCUAUGUCCUAAGAUGUGUUCGGGGGUGAAGGUCGUAGACUCUGUGACAGCAGCCCAGGCUCUUAGAGGAUGCACUGUGCUCAACGGGAGCCUGGUUAUCAAGAUCCGUGGAGGAAAUAACAUAGCCGCAGAGCUGGAGGCUAACCUGGGUCAACUGGAGGAGAUAACAGGCAACCUGACCAUCAAGAGAGCCUACGCCCUCGUCUCUCUCUCCUUCCUCCGCAAGCUACGCAUCAUCCGGGGAGAGACGCCGACCCAAGAUGGGAACUACUCGUUCUACGCUCUGGACAACCAGAACUUGCGUCAGCUGUGGGACUGGAACAAACACAACCUGACCAUCCUCCAGGGACGCAUGUUCUUCCUUCACAACUCCAAGCUGUGCAUGUCUGAGAUCCGCAAGAUGGAGGUGGUGACGGGCACCAAGGAGAGAGGCAUCAAGAAUGAAAUCGGCAGGACCGAUGGAGACCAGGCCUCCUGUGAGACCCAGUUCCUGAAUUUCACCACGGUGCGCACACAGUCGGACAAGAUCCUCCUCAAGUGGGAACCCUUCUGGCCGCCGGACUAUAGAGACCUACUGGGCUUCAUGGUCCUCUACAAAGAGGCGCCUUAUAAGAACGUGACAGAGUUUGAUGGCCAGGACGCGUGCGGCUCUAACAGCUGGGUGAUAGCUGACGUCGACCCUCCACCCCGGGCCACGGAAGGGAAGGAGCAGACGGAGCCUGGCUUCCUCAUCCAUCCUAUGAAGCCCUGGACCCAGUACGCCAUCAUGGUCAAGACCCAGCUCUCCGCCUCAGACGAACACCAGGUCCACGGGGCCAAGAGCGAAAUCAUCUACGUCCGCACCAAUGCCACCAAGCCGUCGGUGCCUCUGGACCCCAUCUCCUCGUCCAACUCGUCCUCUCAAAUCAUCCUGAAGUGGAAACCCCCCACGGAUCCCAACGGGAACAUCACUCACUACCUGGUGUACUGUCAACAGCAGCCUGAGGACAGCGACCUCUACAAGUUUGACUACUGUCAGAAAGGAAUGAAGCUGCCGUCGCGGGCUCCUACCCACCUAGACACUGAGGAGGAACAGAAAUGGAACCAAACAGACGAGCCUGGGCCAGGGAGCCGCUGCUGUUCCUGCCCCAAAACAGAGACCCAGCUCAAGAAGGAGGCCGAUGAGUCUGAGUACCGCAAGGCCUUUGAAAACUACAUCCACAACGAAGUGUUUGAACCCAGAACAACACCUGCUGUAAGCAACUCUUCUGAUAAUGGACCGUCUCGUCGGCGCCGCUCCGUAGGUGUGGCCAACGCCACCCUGCCUCGCUUCCUGACCACUCCCCCCACCCUGCCCAACGCGUCGACCACGCCCAGCCCAGAGGGCGAGGGGAUGGAGGGCUCCAAGGUGACACUUGUGGUGUUCGCCAAGGAGUCGACAGUCAUCUCCAACCUGCGCCACUUCACCAGCUACCAGAUAGAGAUCCAUGGUUGUAACCACCCCUCUGACUCCCAACGCUGCAGCAUGGCCACUUACGUCAGUGCACGCACCAUGCCCGAGGAGAAAGCUGAUGACAUUGUGGGCCAGGUGAGCCAUGAGAUUGUGUUGGAGAACCCAGACUCUGUCCACAUCAAGUGGCUGGAGCCCAAAGCCCCCAACGGCAUGAUCAUCCUGUACGAGAUCAACUACAGGAGGAUAGGAGAUCCUGAGGAGCUGCAUCACUGCGUGUCCAGGAAGACCUACGCCCAGAUCGGAGGCUGCAGGCUGCGUGUGGUGCAUCCUGGGAACUACACUGUGAAGAUCCGUGCCACCUCGCUGGCAGGAAAUGGCUCCUGGACUAAACCCACCUAUUUCUUCAUGCCCGACAAGGACAUUGUUUCACUGAACAUUAUCAUUGGCCCAGUCAUCUGUUUCGUCCUGCUGCUCGUCGUGGGAGGCGGAGUCUUCAUGGUCUAUAAGAAGAAACAAAUUGAGGGACCCACUGGACCUCUGAUCGCCUCGUCCAACCCGGAGUACCUGAGCGCUAGCGAUGUAUACAUACCGGAUGACUGGGAGGUGGCGAGAGAAAAGAUCAACAUCCUCAAGGAGCUGGGUCAGGGCUCGUUUGGCAUGGUCUACGAGGGCGUCGCCAAGGACAUCGUGAAGGGCGAGCCGGACACGCGCGUGGCAGUGAAGACGGUCAACGAGUCGGCCAGUCUGAGAGAGAGGAUAGAGUUCCUCAACGAAGCCUCCGUCAUGAAGGCCUUCAGCUGUCACCACGUGGUGCGUCUGCUGGGUGUGGUGUCUAAGGGCCAGCCCACUCUGGUGGUGAUGGAGCUGAUGACCCAUGGAGAUCUGAAGAGCUUCCUACGGGCCCUCCGCCCAGACUCCGAGAGUAACCCCACAGGGAAGCCCCCUCCCACACUGAAAGAGAUGAUCCAGAUGUCAGGAGAGAUAGCAGACGGCAUGGCCUACCUCAACGCCAAGAAGUUUGUCCACAGAGAUCUAGCUGCCAGGAACUGCAUGGUGGCUGAGGAUAACACCGUCAAGAUCGGAGACUUUGGUAUGACCAGAGAUAUCUACGAGACGGACUACUACCGCAAGGGAGGGAAGGGUCUGCUCCCUGUAAGGUGGAUGGCUCCCGAGUCGCUCAAGGACGGAGUGUUCACCGCUCAUUCAGACUGCUGGUCGUUUGGCGUGGUGUUGUGGGAGGUCAGUACCCUGGCAGAGCAGCCGUACCAGGGCCUGUCCAAUGAACAGGUCCUCAAGUUCGUCAUGGACGGAGGAUACCUCGACAGACCAGAGAACUGUGAACAGAGGAUCCACAACCUGAUGACGAUGUGCUGGCAGUACAACCCCAAGAUGCGUCCCACCUUCCAGGAAAUCAUUGAGAUGUUGACGGAGGACCUUCACCCCAGCUUCCAGGAGGUCUCCUUCUUCUACAGCGAGGAGAACAAGCUCCCGGAGUCGGAGGAGUUUGACUUGGACCUGGAAAACAUGGAGAGCAUCCCGCUAGACCCGUCAUCCUACUCCCAGAGAGAGGACAGAGAGAGUCUGUCCAGAGAUGAGGGACCUAGUCAGGGCCUGAGGGGCAAUUACGAGGAACACGUGCCUUACACGCACAUGAACGGUGGCAAGAAAAACGGACGAAUCUUAUCGUUGCCCAGAUCCAGCCCUUCCUAACAUUUUCUCUUCUUUUCACCUCCUUUGUUCUAUCGUUUUCUAAUUAUUCUUUUUAUUAUAUUACUCUUUCAGAAGCCCUUCAAAAAAAUUCAAUACAGAUCUCAGGACUUUUUUUAAUUUCUUCCUCACAGCUGCCAAGCAUGGCGGCACAGGAUGCAAAAGUUUUGGUAUAUGUUGAGACAUUUUCCGCAUUUAUCCAGAAUCAUCUACUACAACUUUCUACUCUAUUUUGUUUUCACAAUUGCCAAGUUUCCAGGACUGGUCUGCUGGAAAAAUAAAAAACUGUGAACACACAGCUUAAAGAACCAUAAGGCUGCUUAUGAUCCAAACCUCUCUCUCUCUCUCUCUCUCUUUCUCUCUCUCUCUCUUUCUCUCUCUUUCUCUUUCUCUGUCUCUGUCUCUCUCUCUCUCUCUCUUUCUCUCUCUCUCUCUCUCUCUCUCUCUCUCUCUCUCUCUCUCUCUUUCUCUGUCUCUGUCUCUCUCUCUUUCUCUCUCUCUCUCUGUCUCUCUCUGUCUCUGUCUCUCUCUUUCUCUCUCUCUCUCUCUCUUUCUCUCUCUCUUUCUCUCUCUCUUUCUCUCUCUCUCUCUCUCUCUCUCUCUCUCUCUCUCUCUCUCUCUCUCUCUUUCUCUUUCUCUCUCUCUCUCUCUCCUCCCCAGGCUGUCCCAUCUCUCCUCCAUUCUCCUGUUUCGUUUUCAAGUGAAAAUGUUUUCAGAUAGUGGCCUUUUUAUACGUGGCCUAUAAACAAAGAGAAGUGUAUCAAUGUUUGUAUUCUUUUCCUUUGAACAAUGACUAAACCAUUUGGAAUUGUGGGAUGGCAUAGACUCUCUCCUAGAACAAAUGUCUAUUUGUAGAGGAAAAUGUCUUUUUUUUCUGCAGAAUGCUAAACUUCACAGAUUAUUGUGGUGUUUGGUGAAAAGUUGUAAUUUAUUCGCUUUUUUGUUGUUGUCUCAUCUCUUUGUUUUAUUUCUGUGUCCUCGCGUUAUGGCUGAAGGAUAUUUAAACAGUUAAAGUUGGACAAAACAGUUCCUCCGACUGACCAAUAGCUGCUGCUUUGAUAUAUUUUAGUGGGUAUAGAAUAUAUAUAGAAUAUACAGUACCAGUCAAAGGUUUGGAGACACCUACUCAUUCCAGGAUUUUUCUUUAUUUUUACUAUUUUCUUACAUUGUAUAAUAAUAGUGAAGACAUCAAAACUAUGAAAUAACAUAUAUGGAAUCAUGUAGUAACCAAAAAAGUGUUAAACAAAUCAAAAUAUAUUUUAUAUUUAAAAUUCUUCAAAGUAGCCACCCUUUGCCUUGAUGACAGCUUUGCACACUCUUGGCAUUCUCUCAACCAGUUUCAUGAGGAAUGCUUUUCCAACAGUCUUGGAGUUCCCACAUAUGCUGAGCAGUUGUUGGCUGCUUUUCCUUCACUCUGCGGUCCAACUCUCCUUGGUCAAAUAGCACUUACACAGCCUGGAAAUGUGUUUGGGGUCAUUGUCCUGUUGAAAAACAAAUAGUCCCACUAAGCGCAAACCAGAUGGGAUGGUAUAUCGCUGCAGAAUGCUGUGGUAGCCAUGCUGGUUAAGGGUGCCUUGAAUUCUAAAUAAAUCACAGACAGUGUCACCAGCAAAGCACCAUCACAACACCUCCAUGCGUCACGGUGGGAACCACACAUUCAGAGAUCAUCCGUUCACCUACUCUGCAUCUCACAAAGACACAGCGGUUUGAACCAAAAAUCUCAAAUUUGGACUCAUCAGACCAAAGGACAGAUUUCCACCGGUCUAAUGUCCAUUGCUCGUGUUUCUUGGCAUAAGCAAAUCUCUUCUUAUUAUUGGUGUCCUUUAGUAGUGUUUUCUUUGCAGCAAUUUGACCAUGAAGGCCUGAUUCACGCAGUCUCCUCUGAACAGUUGAUGUUGAGAUGUGUCUGUUACUUGAACUCUGUGAAGCAUUUAUUUGGGAUGCAAACUGAGGCUGGUAACUCUAAUGAACUUAUCCUCUGCAGCAGAGGUAACUCUGGGUCUUCCUUUCCUGUGGCGGUCCUCAUGAGAGACAGUUUCAUUGUAGCACUUGAUGGUUUUUGCAUCUGCACUUGAAGAUAAGUUAUAAGUUUAUAAGUUCUUGAAAUUUUCCGCUUUGACUGACCUUCAUGUCUUAUAAUGAUGGACUGUUGUUUCUCUUUGCUUAAUUGAGUUGUUCUUGCCAUAAUAUGGACUUGGUCUUUUACCUAAUAAGGCUAUCUUCUGUAUUCCACCCCUACCUUGUCACAACACAACUGAUUGGCUCAAACACAUUAAGAAGGAAAGAAAUUACACCAAUUAACUUUUAACAAGUCACACCUGUUAAUUGAAAUGCAUUCCAGGUGACUACCUCAUGAAGCUGGUUGAGAGAGUGCCAAGACUGUGCAAAGCUGUCAUCAAGGCAAAGGGUGGCUACUUUGAAGAAUCUCAAAUAUAAAAUAUAUUUUGAUUUGUUUAACACUUUUUUGGUUACUACAUGAUUCCAUAUGUGUUAUUUAAUAGUUUUGAUUUCUUCACUAUUAUUCUACAAUGUAGAAAAUAGUUUUUUUUUAAUUAAGAAAAACCCUGAAAUGAGUAGGUGUGUUAACUUGACUGGUUUUGUAUAUAGUAUAUAUGGAAUAUUGUUUUUUUUAUAUCAAUAUUUUAUAUAUAAUAUAUACGAUAUUUAUGUUCUUGUAAAUAGUUCAUGUUUAAUGUUUUCAUCUGAGGCUUUCCUGUAAGAUGUUCUUAUUUUAUUCUUAAUGUUUCUAACCCUGAAAAUGACACUAAUAGAUGGUCAAUGCUCUGUGUCUUAGACCGUCACACGGGAUUUCACUUCUCUGUCCAACCCUCAGGAGACCCCUGUUCUCCUCGGCAUCAAAGGGCAGCCCACCAUUUUAGAAAAAUCAUGGCAUCUUUCAAAUGCUGUUCUUCGGUCAGUGGAAGAGUUUGGGUGGUAAUUCUGCUCCAACUGAAACUCCUUGGUUUCCUAUCUGUUGUAUCUUUGGUCCGAUAGAACCAGGGUCUAGACAUCAUGUUAUCUGUUGUAUCUUUGGUCCGAUAGAACCAGGGUCUAGACAGCAUGUUAUCUGUUGUAUCUUUGGUCCGAUAGAACCAGGGUCUAGACAUCAUGUUAUCUGUUGUAUCUUUGGUCCGAUAGAACCAGGGUCUAGACAGCAUGUUAUCUGUUGUUGAACAUUGAUGUGACUAUAUUAAUUUCUCUUAUCUAUGGUUGAUCGUUAGUGAUCUAUUGAUUGGUUGGUAUUAUCAGUAGAGAUGUGAUGUCUGCUUGGACAGACCGCUCAUCUUGUCCUGAUGAUUGUACUUCAUUGUCUUGUUCUAUUGGUAGGGGUGUUUCUAGGGUUAUAGGUCAGAGGAGACUCAUCUAUAUCUCACCUGAGCUGACUGGAGAUUGUGGCAGAAGCCUAUAUAGGUGGAUGUAUUGCAAGAGCCCGUAGCAUCAGCACUUGGGAGAGAGAUCCCCCUGCAGUACUUUAUAUUUAAUUUUACCUUUAUUAAACUAGGCAAGUCAGUUAAGAACAAAUUCUUAUUUUCAAUGACGGCCUACCGGGGAACGGUGGGUUAACUGGCUUGUUCAGGGGCAGAACGACAGAUUUCUACCUUGUCAGCUCGGGGAUUCGAUCUUGCAACUUUUCGAUUACUAGUCCAACGCUCUAACCACUAGGCUACCUGCCGCCCCAUGAGUGGCUACCUGGCCUCAUCUCUACUCUUUCACAGCCCUGUGUCCUCAUACGACUAGGUUUGUUCUGACCCUACCAUCACCCUUCACCCCCUCCCCACAUAACAACAGAAAGUUCUGACAGCCCAUUGGCUGUACUGCUCGCUGACACAGGAAGGAGGUCACAAUCAGGCUGCUGGUGGAAUUUUCCAUGUUACUGUGGUUGAGUGCUUUUGAUCAGAACGUUCUGGAAAGUUCCUAUUGCAUUCCGAGACUACAGCGGGCGGCAGCGAGAGAGAGAGGAGCAGUUAGAUGGUGUAUGUGUUGGGGUUAGUGGAGCGACGCUGGGGCGGUGGUGGGGGGGGGGGCUGGUACUAUUAAUCCUAUUACAUCCCCUCUAUCACAUGUAGUGUGUGAGUCAGGAAAUGCUGUACCCCCCCCCCCCCCCCGACAUUCCACUGUCGACGCUGUGGUCCGUGGCGUUCUAUUAGGACUACCCGUGUGCCCGUUAUUCACAGCCCUUCCUCCCUAAACGUACAAGAUAUUGAACUCAAUCCCACACCUUUACCUGCCUCUUUAGAAGGACCUCACACCACCACAGUUUUGAUUUUGUAAACCUUUCGCUCCAAUAUCGAAAGAUAGGUCAUGAAAUUGUUCACCUCUGACCGUGUACAGUCAUAUUGCUAUGUUCCAAACAGACAUCACAACAUUGCUGGCAGCUUUUCCCAGCUUUUCCUAAGUCCUGAUUUUAAAAUAUAAACAUUAUUAUAAGCACACACACACACACACACACUCUCUCACACACACACAAUCACACAGACAUACAUUCUAUCUGAUGGAAACCACACAUUGGUGUUAUUGACAGAGGUUGAUUGAGAAGUGUUUACACAGCAUUUCAAUGGAGAAGCACAAAUAGCCUGAUCAUUAGCGGUUUACACACGUUUAUCCCUCACACUAGCCUAAGGCAGCGAUACUCAUUGUCUGUUGUCAAAAGCAUCGAUAAGGGACAGAAAAGCACACUGGGAGCUAAGGGCAAGUCAAUCUGGUCUGCAUUCAUCCACUCAGCACUUUGAACCUGGUGUUUAGAGCUUAGUGUAAUGGGCCUGGUGUUAUUAAACCUAACCCGCCCAUUCAUCAUCGCCCAGUUAUCUCUGUUAACCCGUCUGCCUGUGUCUGAGAUAGUGGAACUGUUACAUUACAUUUACAUUUAAGUCAUUUAGCAGACGCUCUUAUCCAGAGCGACUUACAAAUUGGACCUCGUCAGCCUCCACCCAGUGCCUUCUCUACCAACCACAGACCAGAGAGAUGGAUGUACAUUUGUACAGGCUGGUUACUGUCUGUUUGUUUUUGUUUGUUUGGCACACACACUCAUACUAAUGUGUGUGUGUGUACAUAUUAGACAGAGGGAGAGAAAUAUGACUCUUAGAUUGGAGCUAAACCCAUAAACGUAAAUACCAAGUUGUGUUUAGAGAUGACGAGGUGUUUAGAGAUGACGAGGUGUUUAGAGAUGACGAGGUGUUUAGAGAUGACGAGGUGUUUAGAGAUGACGAGGUGUUUAGAGAUGGCGAGGUGUUUAGAGAUGACGAGGUGUUUAGAGAUGACGAGGUGUUUAGAGAUGGCGAGGUGUUUAGACAUGGCGAGGUGUUUAGAGAUGACGAGGUGUUUAGAGAUGACGAGGUGUUUAGAGAUGACGAGGUGUUUAGAGAUGACGAGGUGUUUAGAGAUGUUGGAAAUGAAAGGACCGUUGCUAAUUAAAGUUCUAUCUAUCUGUUGCUGUGGGGAACUUCAGCUAGUGAGAGGGCUUUGUGGGCUAGAUGUUGGUCUGUUGUAAAGGUUUGAAUGGCAAGUCCACAGAGUAAGAAUGGCGUUCCAAGUUGAAACUUUUAAAACCACCAUUUUGAUUCUCGACAAUUCAAGAUGUUAAAAAAUAUAUAUGUUCCAAUAUCAUACUUUUGGUGGGUCUCUAUCUCUACAUAUGACCAGUACAGAUAGUUAAAUGUUGGGUGUCUGUCUCUACAUAUGACCAGUCCAGAUAGUUAAAUGGUGGGUGUCUGUCUCUGCAUAUGACCAAAUCACCAUAUCUUUAAGAAAUUAUAGAUAAUUAAUAUUUUAUUUAUUUUAUUAUGAUCGUUGUCAUUGUACAAAAAUACCCAGUUAGCUUUUUAGUCUUUUUAGUUUUUUUUAAAUGUUGUAAGUCGGGUAAAAACGAAGAGACUAUUUUGUUAACAGUAGAGCUGUAAAUGUCAGAAGGAGUUGGUAGUUGUCUGGCCUGUGUGUUUGACCACAGUCUACCUCAGGAGUUUUGGAGGAGUCACUACAGCAUCUCUCUCCGUCUAUUGGUCGUUAUCCCUGCAGCCCAAUCAGAGGACCGGGACACUGCCCACCCGUGACCACUGCUGUGACAAGAAUACGAUCACAAUAUAGAAUCCCAUUAGGUCCAACUCAAACAGCAAGUUUUCAGCUAAUGUCAAGUCAGUCAUCUUUACAACCAAGUAGAUGAAUCCCCAGUGUAGUGUAAAGCACAACCUCAAAGCGUUUUUAAACAUUGCCACAAACUCUGAUUUCAGUAGUAAUGUUAGUUAGGAACGGGUAAAUCGGGCCAGAAUGUGGUGUGAUGGCUACAAACUAUUUGACUGGUGAUUAUCAUGCAUGAAAGGUUAGGUUCCCGCUCCCUUUAUUUGUGUAGAAGCUCAGAAUCCCCAAGCAUCAGGUUUGGUUUGAUGUCUUUUUGAAAUGAACAGUUUCCUAGUUUAACAUACCCACUAGCUAUCUGACAGUUGCUCUACUUUUUCGACAUGCAUUGUUCUAGUGAAGACUUGAUUUUAUUCAAUUUUUUAGUUGUUGUUGAAAUUCUACAUCAAGACCGAGUCGUCCAAAUCAUGAAUGCAUAUCUUUUGAUCACAUACAUACAGCCAAAGUCUUCUAUAGCUCAGCUAUGUCUUGGUCAUGCUGUUCAUCAUUGACAGAAUAGAUGAUCUCCUCAGUGGUUGGUUUUUGGUGGGUGGGUGGUGUAUCUCUGAGUUCCUUGUCUGCUCAAGUCAGUCAAAUACGGGACGGCAUUCAGACUUGAGGCUUUUUUAUUUGUAUGUAUCUUCCAGAAGUGUUUUUUUAUUUCUCUGUCGUCAGUUUGCAUUUAUGUUGUAUGUAUUAUUUUUCUACUGUGAAAAUACGUUAUUCUAUCGACGCCACGACGCGGUCUGUGUGGACGCUUGCAUGCCUCCGCUGGUUAAAGGACUGUUCCCUGAGAGAGCUGGACUAGGACAAUCCUUUGUGCCAUAAUAAACAGAAAAAUGUAUUCUAGAUUGUAACUUCUCAGGGAGGCAUGAGUUGUGGGGGGGGGGGGGGGUGAGGGUGGAAAGAGCCACCUACCUACCUACCUACCUACCUGUCUAACCUGAAGUGGAAGUUCUCUCGUCAUCCUAGCAAAUUAUCUUUUUGCCGGGGGGGGGGGGGGGUGUAGCCAACAAGUUGUCAACAAACAAACAAACAACUGACCUUUUGUGAAUCAAUAUUUUUUUCAGCUCUUCAAGAUUAUGGACAUAAUGAUUAAAUGAAUGCUUGUUAUCAUUGUGAUCCGUGGUGUUCACUACCACCAGGUGGCUGGAUGUGAAAGUGCAGCAGCUGGACCGGUGCUCGUAGCCAGGGCUCUGUCCCAUAGUGCCUUGCUCAGACUGACCUCCCUCCUGACUACAUAGCCAGCCAGACCCUCAGUGCCCAGGACUGGACUAGUCUGCCCCGGGUCUGGACUAGUCUGGUCUGGAAUGCUCUGGACUAGUCUCCUCUGGACUGCUCUGCUCAAGACUGGACUGCUCUGUACUAGACUAGACUGCUCUGUACUGCUCUGUACUAGACUAGACUGCUCUGUACUAGACUAGACUGCUCUGUACUAGACUAGACUGCUCUGUACUAGACUAGACUGCUCUGUACUAGACUAGACUGCUCUGUACUAGACUAGACUGCUCUGUACUAGACUAGACUGCUCUGUACUAGACUAGACUGCUCUGUACUAGACUAGACUGCUCUGCUCAAGACUGGACUGCUCUGUACUGCUCUGUACUAGACUAGACUGCUCUGUACUAGACUAGACUGCUCUGUACUAGACUAGACUGCUCUGUACUGCUCUGUAAUAGACUAGACUGCUCUGUACUAGACUAGACUGCUCUGUACUAGACUAGACUGCUCUGUACUGCUCUGUACUAGACUAGACUGCUCUGUACUAGACUAGACUGCUCUGUACUGCUCUGUACUAGACUAGACUGUUCUGUACUAGACUAGACUGUUCUGUACUAGACUAGACUGUUCUGUACUAGACUAGACUGCUCUGUACUAGACUAGACUGCUCUGUACUAGACUGCUCUGUACUGCUCUGUACUAGACUAGACUGCUCUGUACUAGACUAGACUGCUCUGUACUGCUCUGUACUAGACUAGACUGCUCUGUACUAGACUAGACUGUCUCCUCUACUCGCUCAUCACCCAUAGUCAAGGAAUAUACCCCCAACGAACCCCCACAGCAGGAGAAUACUGGAGUAUCAACGCAUUGUGUAUUCUAAGACAGGAGAGAGGCGCCUUCUGUAACUCAUGGCUCCAGUCAGAAGGAGGUAACACGUCCAGCUUGGCUGGAUUGAUGAUUCAUCAUGUUUUACUGUGUUGGGGUAAUUAUGUAAACGAUAUUCAUGGUUUAACCAAAAAAAAAAAUGUUGAACUUCUUGUCUCUACUUGGGCGAAGCUCAGACUUGUUUUGUGCAUGAAUCCAAAACCCCAAGCUGAUAGUUUGUUAAUUUGAUGCUAAUAGAAUUAUACAUCUCGGCCAACUCGCUUUGUUGAUUUAAAACACAACACCCGAAGCACAUGGGAUCAUCUAUAAUUAGCAACAAUUGAAUGCACGACAUGGGAGAAUAGACCUCCCAUUUUAUAAAAUGCAUAAUAAAAUGUUAAUUUUGUAUUAAAACGAAUCAAAACUUUAACUGUAAAUAACGGCAGAUAUCCCUGAAAAAUAUAAGCACUUGAUUUAGGAAAAUGUAGUUUUAGUUUAAACUCUGAUAAGCUAAACAUGUGGUUUGCCAGAGCACGCUAGUGAUCCAGCAGCAGGUUAACCAUCAUUCUGUGUAUUGUUUCAAAAAGUAUUACAGUUAGAGAUGUUGAUUUAAUAUUUUAAAUUUUGUGCCAAAAUAGAGGGCAAAUACAAUUACUUUUCUGACUGUAAACUUUUCCUACUCUUGUACAUGAUUUGAAUUUUAACAUUUGUUAUCAAUGUAUAUAACUUUUUCUAAAUAAAAAUCAACAUUUUGUUUGCUCGUGA